UUUACCUGAUGGGUUCAUAGGAGGUCGCGCCUGAUCACGAGCGUUUUCAAAUAGCAUUCUCAUUUCUUUUUUCUGUGACAUAUAUAAUAUUAAUUUUUAUACUUUAGAUUUGAUAUAUUUUGUGGAUUUCAAAUUAUUCCUAUUUGCUGUUGAGAGGAAUUUGCAGUACUAGUAGUGGUGAAAAAACCAUGCCAAAGAGCAACAGAGCCCCAAUCCCCAAUGCUCAGAUUCUUCACCAUUCAUAGCGACUGCCUCAUCUCCAUCCUCACCCUCUGGGUUUCUGAGCGCACCCGCUAAUCGAAGGAAGGGAAAUCACUCUCAAUCGCCAAAACCCCCCUUUGAAUCUGAAACUAAAUCUUCAGCCCCAAAUCACGAGGAAAAGCAACCAGCCAUGAAAAGAGAGCAUCAUCAGCUUUGUCCCAACCCGGGCGACUCCUUCAUGACCGCCAGCUCUAGCGGCAAAUCAACGCUAUGGGAAGAUGAGGCCCAAGAUGGUGGCAUGGACGAGCUUCUCGCCGUCCUCGGCUACAAGGUAAGGGCGUCGGACAUGGCCGAUGUUGCCCAGAAGCUUGAACAGCUUGAAGAAGCCAUGGGUAAUGUUCAGGGCGGUAUCUCUCAACUCUCCUCCGAAACUGUUCAUUACAACCCUUCUGAUCUCUCUACCUGGCUUGAAAGCGUGCUUUCUGAGCUCAACCCAUCUCCUAAUUUCGACUCUUUGACUGCCGUCGCCGGCGCCGCCUCUGCGCCACGGCUCCCUCCGCCUCCUCCUCCCCCGGCUGAUGAUUCUGCCUUCUUGGCUCCGGCGGAAUCAUCAACUAUUACCUCCAUUGAUUUCACUGACCAUAGCCCGCAGCAGCAUUUGAAUCCUCUGCAUAAGCACCAAGAUAGCUUAAUCUUCGAAGACGCAUCUUCCUCAGAUUAUGAUCUCAAGGCUAUUGCAGGCAAAGCUAUCUACAGCAGUCAGACUCAAACCCAGCACCAGCAGCAGCUCGAAUCUCCUUCCCGAGAAAGCAAACGUUUGAAACCCUCUUCUUCUGCGUUCAACCCUGCAUUGUUCUCGUCCUCCCCUCUGGGGUCUUAUACCUUACCCAACGAGUCAACUCGUCCUGUCGUCCUCGUCGAUUCGCAAGAAAACGGAAUUCGACUCGUUCAUGCAUUGAUGGCUUGCGCGGAUGCCGUACACCAGAACAAUUUUUCUCUCGCAGAAGCUCUGGUCAAACAGAUCGGAUUCCUCGCGGUGUCUCAGGCCGGAGCUAUGCGCAAGGUUGCGACCUACUUCGCGGAAGCGCUUGCUCGCCGUAUAUAUCGGCUUUACCCAGAAAACCCCCUCGAUCAUUCUCUUUCCGACAUGCUUCAGAUUCACUUCUACGAGACCUGUCCAUACCUCAAAUUCGCCCAUUUCACAGCUAACCAAGCCAUCCUCGAAGCUUUUGAAGGCAAAAGGCGAGUUCAUGUCAUCGAUUUCAGCAUGAAUCAAGGGAUGCAGUGGCCGGCUCUCAUGCAAGCACUGGCUCUCCGACCUGGCGGUCCACCGGCGUUCCGGUUAACAGGAAUUGGACCACCCGCUCCGGAUAACUCAGAUCACCUCCAGGAAGUGGGUUGGAAACUCGCUCAGCUAGCAGAAACUAUUCAUGUUGAAUUUGAGUACAGAGGGUUUGUUGCGAACAGUUUAGCUGAUCUAGAUGCUUCUAUGCUCGACCUGAGACCGAGUGAAGUUGAGUCUGUGGCUGUUAACUCGGUGUUCGAGCUUCACAAAUUGUUGGCCCGACCCGGAGCGAUCGAGAAGGUGUUAUCGGUGGUGAAGCAGAUGAAGCCGGAAAUAGUCACUGUUGUAGAGCAAGAAGCGAACCACAACGGACCGGGGUUUCUGGACCGGUUCACCGAGUCACUACACUAUUACUCGACCCUGUUCGACUCGUUGGAGGGAUCCGUGGACACUCAGGAUAAGAUCAUGUCGGAGGUGUAUCUGGGGAAGCAAAUCUGUAACGUGGUCGCCUGUGAAGGAGUGGACCGCAUUGAGAGGCACGAGACACUGAGUCAGUGGAGGAACCGGUUGGGUUCUGCCGGGUUCGCUCCGGUUCACCUGGGCUCUAACGCUUUUAAGCAAGCAAGCAUGCUUCUGGCUCUCUUCGCCGGUGGAGAUGGUUACAGAGUAGAAGAAAACGGCGGUUGUCUGAUGCUGGGUUGGCAUACUCGGCCAUUGAUCGCUACAUCGGCCUGGCGACUCGCCUAGAAACCGGGGGCUGUUCGCUGAGUUGACUCAGCGAGUUGGGUCCUUUUUACUUUCCGAAAUUCCCAAUUUUUUUCCGAAAGAAAAGAAAGCGAUUGUGGGGAAGAGGGUGCAGUGUGAUGCUGAGCUGUUUGUACAGCUAUUCGCUGAGAGGCUGAGACCCACCAAUGUCUAUGCCUUCCCCCCUUGCCUUUCUUUUUCCUCUCUCUCACUCUGUUACAAUUCCAUUCCCCUUUCUGCUUAGGGUUCUUUUACCAGUUUUGUUUCCUUUGUUGGGUUGGACUGGAAUCUCUUGUUAUUUUUCAGGGUUGAAUCCAAAACUAGGGCUGAUGCUGUAUUUAUCUCUUGAUAUAAAUAGCUCGCUGCUAAUAAAUGUAAUCUUUUUUCUUAUGGGGCCAUUUAAUGAUGAAUGCAGAAGGGAAAUGAUGAAUGGUAAAUCAUGAUAAACUUAUUCGUCACAAUUAAUCUUGUGCAUGCAAGUUGUUAAUUUGCCAAAAUGGAGAAUGUGGUGCUAGCUGAUCUGCAUAAGCGAGUGCAGGGAAAGCGGGCUUCCCUUUCAAGAAAGAGACUGAGUUUGAUGCAACCAAUGCCAUCGAUGUGGUUGAUGGAAUGGGACUGUUUCAGUGUUAUGCAAAUUUAGUGUGAUAAAACAGCAUCCUCUUUAAUGUCCUGGGGAAAGCACAAUCACCAGAAAGUGAAAAUAAAAUUUAAAAAAAGGGAUUACCUAAGCCGUAUAAUGUCAAGAUCUUUAUGGUUCAUGGUGCUUUCCCAGUUGAAAAAGUUGCACUUUUUAGGGCUCUCUUUCACUCUCUCUCUCAAUCAUAUUGCUAUUCACUGUUCGUGGUUUCUUCUACUCAAUCUUUUCCUUUUCCAACUCUCAGUUUCCGUUUUUCAGUUUCCGGGUUCAUUUCAGAUUCUGUAUUUUCUGCACGCUUUGGAUCCAUCCCCUUUGAAACCGUGACACAUUCCCAUAAAAUUUGAAAUAACUACGCAUAAAGUUUAUACCUUUUCCUUUCUUUACUUGGUUCCAACCUGCAGUCUUCUGGUUCAUUUCUCAUCUUCUUCCCCCUGCAUGCUGAAGAGAUAAUGCCAUGUCUCAUCUAUCUCCAAAAGAUGUGAUUUUUGUAAUAAAAAAGAGCAUGUAAAACCGUGAAAGAUACUCAAAGAUGAAGCAGCAUCCAGAUCAUUGGUCAAAGCAAGAAUCUUGAUCUUCCUAGUUGGUUUAUUCUUUUUAUUUUACUUGUUGAUAACCAUGAUUGUACUUGCCAGGAGGUGCAGAUAAUUAAUAUAAGAUCCUCCAUGUU